AUGAUGGAUUUUUUGUUACUGCGCUAUCAUUCCCCAAAUUCCGGAUACGGUUGGUGCGGACCUUGUCUAAACCACAACUACCAACAAACGUAUCCGGAUCGUACAAGUGGCAACGACUCAAUCGAUACUUUUAUCACGAAAUCACAAUUGGUAUCCACAUCACAGUAUAAUUUUUUCGAGUGGAUCCCGAACUCGUAUUUUAGAGAUGUAGAGUUUUUUGCGGAAGGUGGAUAUGGGUCUAUACAUACCGCGGUGUGGUUGGAAGGACCCAUUUCGCGAUACGAUUCCAAUGCGGAUCAGUUUUUGAGAGAUGGUGCGAAAAAAGUUGUGUUGAAAACUUUUAAGAAUUCGCAAAAUAUUUUGGCUGAAUUUUUCGAUGAGGCAAGAAGUCUACGACAUACAUUCCGAUAUCCAAUUAUUCCUUGUUAUGGAAUGACUCUAGAUCCCGAAACUCUGGAAUUCGCAAUGGUUGUGCAUUAUGCAGCAGAUGGCAACCUUCGUGAAUACAUGCAAAAAAACAAUGCAAGCCUCACCUGGCAACAAAAACUCGACAUUUUGCACGAAAUCGCACGUGGUCUCUCGAUAAUUCAUCUUCACGGAUACACACAUCACAAUUUUCAUAGUGGUAAUAUUUUGUUUGACGAUGUAAAAGAAGAUGAAGUUGAAAAGAAAAGUUGCAUGCAAUUCAAAGAUGCUGAAGAGAAUAGAGUUAAAGAAACUCCCAAGGCGAUAAUUCAUCCUGGAGCUAUUUAUCAAAGCAGAUUUUUGAAUUUUCCGGAAUUGUUUGAUUUGGUGGCAGCGAAUAAUUAUAGCUAA